AUGUUAUCUCCAAAGUUUAGUUUGACUAUAGUCAUAGUCCUUUCAGUUGUAGCCACAGUUUCAAACGCAGAAACAAGCUUUGAAGUUGAAAUUGAAGCUUUGAAAGCUUUCAAGAACUCCAUCACCCAUGACCCAAAUGGAACACUUGCAAAUUGGGUUGACACCCACCAUCACUGCAACUGGUCUGGCAUUGCAUGUGGCCCAUCUUCAAAUCAUGUUAUUUCAAUUUCUCUUGUUGGUUUUCAGCUCCAAGGUGAGAUUACACCAUUCCUUGGAAACAUUUCAGGCCUUCAGGUUCUUGAUUUGACUUCAAACUCAUUUUCUGGGUACAUUCCUUCUCAGCUUGGUCUUUGCAUUCAACUUUCUCAGCUAAUUCUUGUUGAAAAUUCUCUCUCAGGACCAAUCCCUCCUGAAUUAGGAAACCUCAAAAGCCUUCAGUAUUUGGAUUUAGGUAAUAACUACUUGAAUGGAAGCCUCCCUGAUAGGAUAUUCAACUGCACUUCUUUGUUGGGUAUUGCUUUCAAUUCUAACAACCUCACUGGCACAAUCCCAUCAAACAUAGGGAAUCUAGUUAACCUUAUACAGAUUGUAGGGUUUGAGAAUAACCUUGUUGGGUCUAUACCUCUUUCCAUAGGUCAGUUGGGAGCUUUGCAGUCUCUUGAUUUUAGCCAAAACCAGUUAUCAGGUGUAAUACCUAGAGAGAUUGGAAAUCUGACCAAUUUAGAAUUACUAUUGUUGUUCCAAAAUUCCUUGACUGGGAAAAUCCCUUCUGAGCUUGGCCAGUGUAAGAAACUUUUAAAUCUAGAGUUAUAUGAUAAUCAGUUCAGUGGAAGUAUUCCUCCUGAGCUAGGAAAUUUAGUUCAAUUGGAGACAUUUAGGUUAUAUGGGAAUAACUUAAAUUCCACCAUUCCAUCUUCCAUAUUCAACUUGAAAUCAUUAACACAUUUAGAACUCUCACAGAAUUACUUAGAGGGAACAAUAUCUUCUGAGCUUGGAUCUUUGAGGUCCUUACAAGUUGUAACUCUUCAUUUAAAUAAGUUUACUGGGAAGAUCCCUUCAUCAGUAACAAACUUGACAAACUUGACAUAUCUGUCAAUGAGCCAGAAUCUCCUUUCAGGUGAACUUCCUUCAAACUUGGGUGUGCUUCAUAAUUUGAAGUUUCUUGUAUUGAACUCCAACCUCUUUCAUGGACCAAUUCCACCUAGUAUUACAAAUUGUACUAGUCUGGUAAAUGUAAGUUUAUCUUUUAAUGCUUUAACUGGGAAAGUUCCUGAGGGUUUUUCAAGGUUGCCUAAUCUUACUUUCCUGUCUCUUGCAUCCAACAAAAUGUCUGGGGAAAUCCCUGAUGACCUCUUCAACUGCUCAAAUCUUAGUACUCUAAGUUUGGCAGAGAACAACUUUAGUGGAUUGAUAAAAUCUGGUAUCAAGAACCUGUUCAAUCUCUUGCGUCUGCAGCUGAAUGUUAAUUCUUUCAUAGGACCAAUUCCACCAGAGAUUGGAAACUUGGAUCAACUCAUCACUUUGUCCCUUUCUGAUAAUAGUUUUUCGGGUCAAAUUCCGCCAGAACUGUCCAAACUUUCUCUCCUUCAGGGGCUAUACCUUCAUGAUAAUGUAUUAGAAGGAACAAUACCUGAUAAACUCUCUGAAUUAAAACGAUUAACUACGCUUGCACUGCAUCAAAACAAGUUAGUUGGUCAAAUACCAGAUUCUAUCUCAAAGCUUGAGAUGCUUUCGUACUUAGACCUCCAUGGCAACAUACUUAAUGGGUCUAUUCCAAGAAGCAUGGGGCAGCUAAAGCAGCUUUUAGUUUUGGAUCUCUCUUACAACCACCUCACUGGAUCAAUUCCAGGAGAUGUCAUUGCACACUUCAAAGACAUGCAGUUGUAUCUUAACCUUUCUUACAACCACUUGGUUGGAAGUGUUCCAACUGAGCUGGGCAUGUUGGAAAUGAUACAAGCCAUUGAUAUUUCAAACAAUAAUCUUUCAGGUUUCAUUCCCAAGACACUUUCUGGGUGCAGAAACCUGCUCAGUAUUGAUUUCUCAGGAAACAAUAUUUCAGGUCCUAUUCCUACAGAAGCUUUUAGUCACAUGGACUUGCUUCAAAGCUUAAACCUUUCAAGAAAUCAUUUAGAAGGUGAAAUCCCUGAAAUCUUGGCAGAGCUUGAGCAUCUUAGUUCUCUAGAUCUUUCUCAGAAUAACUUGAAGGGAACUAUUCCUGAGAGCUUUGCCAAUCUUUCAAGCCUAAUGCAUCUCAACCUUUCUUUCAAUCAACUUGAAGGUCGUGUACCUUUGACUGGAAUAUUUGCACGCAUCAAUGCAUCUAGCAUGAUGGGUAACCAGGCUCUUUGUGGAACAAAAUUCCUACAACCAUGUAGAGAGACUAAUCAUCAUUCACUAUCCAAGAAGAGUAUAUCUAUCAUUGCUGCGCUUGGAUCUCUUGCUAUAAUUCUACUUCUGGUGCUUGUGAUUUUAAUUCUCAGUGGAGGUCGCAAACUCUGCAAUUCUAAACAAAGUGAUAAUAGUGAGAAUUAUGAACCUGAGUACAGUUCAGCAUUGGCUCUUAAAAGAUUCAAUCCAAAGGAGUUAGAAAAUGCCACUGGAUUUUUCAGUGCAGACAAGAUCAUUGGUGCAAGUAGUUUGAGCACAGUUUUCAAGGGUCAAUUGGAAGAUGGCAACAUUGUAGCCAUAAAAAGAUUGAAUUUACACCAAUUGUCUGCAAAUGUUGACAAGAUCUUCAAGACAGAAGCCAGCACCUUGAGCCAGCUGAGACAUAGGAAUUUGGUUAAGGUACUUGGAUAUGCUUGGGAGACUGGGAAAAUGAAGGCUUUGGUUCUAGAGUACAUGGAGAAUGGGAAUUUGGAUAGCAUUAUACAUGACAAAGGGGGGGAUCAAUCAAGGUGGACAUUAUCUGAAAGACUCCGAGUUUUCAUUUCUAUUGCUAAUGGAUUGGAUUACUUGCACUCUGGUUAUGAUUUUCCCAUUGUACACUGUGAUUUAAAGCCUUCCAACAUCCUUUUAGAUAGAGACUGGGAAGCUCAUGUCAGUGAUUUUGGGACAGCACGAAUACUUGGUCUUCAUCUGCAGGAUGGUAGUACCCUUUCCUCAGCUUUGCAAGGAACAGUUGGCUAUUUGGCGCCAGAAUUUGCCUACAUGAGGAAAGUAACGACUAAAGCAGAUGUAUUCAGCUUUGGUAUCAUAGUAAUGGAGUUUCUAACUAAAAGAAGACCAACAGGGCUCUCGGAAGAGGAUGGCUUGCCAAUCAGUUUGCAUGAAGUAGUGGCAAAAGCCCUUGCAAAUGGAAUGGAACAGCUUGUUAAUAUAGUGGACCCUAUGUUGACCUGGAAUGUCAGAGAAAACUAUGUGGAAGUAUUGGCAGAGCUCUUUAAGCUAUCCUUGGGCUGCACCCUUCCUGAUCCUGAAGAUCGACCUAAUAUGAAUGUGGUGUUAUCUGCUCUUAUGAAGCUUGAAACAGCAACAUAG